CCGCGCCGCGCCCGGGGCUGAGGGUUGGAGAAGAGUCGAGAGGAGGAGGAGGAGGAGGGCCGAGGCCCUCUCCGGACAAGGAGAGGCCGGGGACCGGCGACCAUGGCGUCCUACGUGGACAACAGCUUCAGGCAGGCGGUCAUGAAGAACCCGACCGAAAGGACGCAACAGGAUUUGGAAAUCGUUUAUUCUUAUCUUCAUGGAAUGGAAGCACUUUCUAACCUGAGGGAACACCAGUUCAGGUUAAUGUGCAAAACCGUGAGAUAUGAAAGACAUGAAGCAAAUGAAGUCCUGUACUACCCUGAUGACAUUGGUACCUGCUGGUAUAUACUACUGUCUGGAUCCGUGUUCAUUAAAGAGUCCAUGUUUCUACCAAGAAGCAGUUUUGGCAAGCGGUCUGCAGGGAGCCUGAGGCGUGGCUGUGAAUGUAUUGUACUGGAGCCUUCAGAAAUGAUUGUGGUGGACUACAUGGAUGAAAAUGAGGAAUAUUUUCAGCGGCAAGCUUCUCACAGACAGUCUCGCAGAAGAUUUAAAAAAAUUAACCAGAAAGGAGAGCGCCAAACAAUCAUUGACACUGUGGAUCCCUACCCAGUCGGAAAGCCACCAUUACCCAGAGGAUACCACACGCUUCCUGCAGACUUUACAAAAUUGCAUCUCGCAGAUACCCUCCACCCUCAGGUGGCCAACGUUUCCUCUAGUCACUCAGGAUGUAGUAUCACCAGUGAUUCUGGUAGCAGCAGCUUAUCUGAUCUUUACCAGGCCACAGAGAGUGAACCUGGGGACAUGGACCUAAGUGGCUUGCCAGAGACUGCAGUAGACUCUGAAGAUGAUGAUGACGAAGAGGAUAUUGAGAGAGCAUCAGAUCCAUUGAUGAGUAGGGAUAUUGUCCGAGACUGCCUGGAGAAAGAUCCCAUCGAUAGAACAGACGAUGAUAUUGAGCAAUUAUUGGAAUUCAUGCAUCAGCUCCCAGCUUUUGCUAACAUGACAAUGUCAGUCCGAAGAGAGCUUUGUGCUGUGAUGGUGUUUGCAGUGGUGGAGCGAGCAGGCACCAUAGUACUCAAUGAUGGUGAAGAGUUGGAUUCCUGGUCAGUGAUUUUAAAUGGUUCAGUUGAGGUUACUUACCCUGAUGGAAGGCUGGAAAUACUAUGCAUGGGAAACAGCUUUGGUGUCUCACCUACCCUUGACAAAGAAUACAUGAAGGGUGUGAUGAAAACCAAAGCUGAUGACUGUCAGUUUGUGUGCAUAGCUCAGCAGGACUACUGCCGAAUCCUAAAUCAGGUGGAGAAGAAUAUGCAGAAAGUUGAGGAGGAGGGAGAGAUAGUGAUGGUAAAGGAGCAUAGAGAGUUGGAUCGCACUGGAACUCGUAAAGGACACAUAGUUAUCAAGGGAACACCUGAACGGUUAACCAUGCACCUGGUGGAAGAGCACUCUGUGGUGGACCCCACAUACAUAGAAGAUUUUCUUUUAACCUUCCGAACCUUCUUAUCAAGUCCAAUGGAAGUUGGGAAAAAGCUGUUAGAGUGGUUCAAUGAUCCUAGUCUCAGGGACAAGGUUACACGGGUAGUAUUGUUGUGGGUAAACAAUCACUUCAAUGACUUUGAAGGAGAUUCUGCAAUGACGAAUUUUCUAGAAGAAUUUGAAAAUAAUUUGGAGCGAGAAAAAAUGGGUGGCCACCUCAGACUGUUAAACAUCGCCUGUGCAGCCAAGGCCAAGCGGAGACUUGUAACUCUAAUGAAGCCAUCACGUGAAGCCCCUUUGCCAUUUAUUCUGCUUGGAGGCAGUGAAAAAGGAUUUGGGAUUUUCAUGGACAGUGUGGAGCCUGGUAGCAAAGCUGUCGAAGCUGGAUUGAAACGCGGUGAUCAGAUAAUGGAAGUUAACGGACAGAAUUUUGAGAAUAUUCAGCUAUCAAAAGCCUUGGAAAUUCUUAGGAACAAUACUCAUUUGUCUAUCACUGUGAAAACAAACUUAUUUGUAUUUAAAGAGCUUCUGGUCAGAUUAACAGAAGAGAAGAGGAACGGCUCUCCUCACCUACCAAAAAUUGGUGACAAGAAAGGAAGUCGUUACUCCAUCCCAGAUCUUGCUGUGGAUGUUGAACAUGUAAUGGGAUUAGAUAAAGCAAACAAGAAAGCAAAAGCUAACACUGUGGCAGGACGCAACAAACUGAAGAAAAUACUGGACAAGACUCGAAUCAGCAUCCUUCCACAAAAACCAUAUAAUGAUAUUGGGAUUGGCCAGUCUCAGGAUGAUAGCAUAGUAGGGUUAAAGAAGUCCGGACAAAUUGCACCUGCAUUGCCGGUAAGCGGCACCUUAUCCUCCAGCAAUCCUGAUCUGCUACAGUCCCAUCAACGCAUUCUUGAUUUUAACACCACUCCAGGUGCAAGCGUUUAUAAUUUGCCAGAUCAGGUUUUACGAGUUUUCAAGGCAGACCAACAAAGUCGCUACAUAAUGAUCAGCAGAGAUACCACCGCAAAGGAAGUAGUAAUUCAGGCGCUUCGAGAAUUUGCAGUGACUGCUUCUUCGGAAUCCUACUCCCUGUGUGAAGUUUCAGUCACUCCUGAAGGUGUCAUCAAACAGAAGCGGCUCCCAGAUCAGCUAUCAAAGCUCGCAGACCGAAUUCAGCUUAGUGGCAGAUACUACCUGAAGAAUAACAUGGAGACAGAGACACUGUGCUCAGAUGAAGAUGCUCAGGAAUUACUCCGGGAAAGUCAAAUCUCCCUACUUCAGCUUAGCACAAUUGAAGUUGCUACCCAACUCUCUAUGAGAAACUUUGAACUGUUUCGUAACAUUGAACCCACAGAGUACAUAGAUGAUCUGUUCAAGCUGAAAUUAAAAACCGAAUGCGUCAGUCUGAAGAAAUUUGAGAACAUUAUCAACCAGGAAACAUUUUGGGUUGCAACCGAGAUUAUCAGAGAGCCAAACCAAAUGAAAAGAAUGAAGAUAAUUAAACACUUUAUCAAGAUAGCGCUACACUGUAGAGAGUGCAAAAACUUUAAUUCCAUGUUUGCAAUUAUCAGUGGUCUAAAUCUUGCCCCAGUGUCACGACUACGAGGUACUUGGGAAAAGCUUCCAAGCAAAUAUGAGAAGUUAUUUCAGGAUCUUCAGGAUCUCUUUGAUCCCUCCAGAAACAUGGCUAAAUAUCGCAAUGUUCUCAAUAACCAGAAUCUACAGCCUCCCAUUAUUCCUCUUUUCCCUGUCAUCAAGAAGGACCUUACAUUUCUCCACGAAGGGAAUGAUUCCAAGGUGGAAGGUUUGAUAAAUUUUGAAAAGCUCCGAAUGAUUGCUAAAGAAAUCCGUCAUGUUGGCCGCAUGGCAUCGGUUAAUAUGGAUCCUGCUGUUAUGUUCAGGACAAGGAAGAAGAAAUGGAGAAGUCUUGGGUCACUUAGCCAGGGCAGUACAAAUGCUGCUGUGCUGGAUGUGGUGCAAACAGGGGGGCAUAAGAAACGGGUCCGCCGCAGCUCAUUUCUCAAUGCGAAGAAACUCUAUGAAGAUGCACAGAUGGCUCGGAAAGUAAAACAAUAUCUGGCUAACCUCAAUUUGGACAUGGAUGAAGAAAGCCUGCAGGCCUUAUCACUGCAGUGCGAGCCAUCCACUAAUACACUACCCAAGAGCAUAGGAGACAAGAAAGCAGGGAAACCAUCAGACACAUCGCCAGUUGCUCCAAGAUCAGGAGCACAACAUCUGAAACAGCAGCAGCAGAAAGCAAACCAGGCCCUUCAGGUCCCAGUCCAAGCUGUAACCAUGUAUCAAUCACGGAAGAAAGUACCAAUUAAGGAUCUCCCACCAUUUGGUACUCAUUCUCCUCAAGCCUUGAAGAAAAUUCUGUCCUUGUCUGAAGAGGCAAAUUUGGAUCGAAAUAAAAAGCAAUCAGAAGAUACAAUAUCAAACACAUCUUCCCAGCUGUCAUCUCCCCCUACAUCUCCUCAGACCUCUCCAAGGAAAGGUUGCAGUAAGCCGAGAUCUCAUGGCUCCAGACAGUCGGACCUAACAGGCUCUUCAUCCUCUCUUGGAAGUGAAAACAGUAACAAGAAUAACAAUGCACCACGGAUCUAUGGGAUAGGUUUUGCUUUAGCACCGAGUGCCACUGCAGAUAAUUUCUCGGACUCUGGGCACAGUGAAAUUUCCUCCCGCUCCAGCAUUGUCAGCAAUUCUUCCUUUGACUCUGUGUCUGUCAUGCUGCACGAUGACAGACGGCAGCGGCUUUCUGUCGGUGUUGUGGAUUCAAAUCUAGGCAUAGAGAGAAGAUUGGAGAAGCGAUCAACGAUAGACUCGGAUCAAUACUGUGUCAGUCCCUUUGCACCAACAAGCACAGAGAGCAGAGGAACCCUGUAUGCAGGGCCAGCAGUACUCUCUUCGCCCAGUAUGGAGGAAUUAACCCAGGACCAAGGGGACCGGGCUUCUCUUGAUGCAGCAGAUAGUGGUCGAGGAAGUUGGACUUCAUGUUCCAGUGGUUCUCAUGACAACAUUCAAACAAUUCAGCAUCAGAAAAGCUGGGAGUCACUCAGUAGUUUUGGGAAUCUUAUUUAUGAAAGCUCUGCUGAAGGAACAGGACUACCAUCUUCAUGGGCUACAGGCAGCCAGAUGGACCAAACUAUAUUUUCAGAACAUGGCACAAAAUACAGUACACAUAGUCAGCUUAAAGAUGAUCCCGCUCAGUGCAGAAGUAGCUGGGCAUCAUCAACAGGUUAUUGGGCAGAGGACUCUGAAGGUGACACAGGAACUAUAAAACGGAGAGGUGGUAAAGAUGUGUCAGUUGAUUCUGAAGGAAGUGGUGCAACGUUAACAGCAGAAGACUCCAAGCAGAAUGCUAGGCCUUCUCACAUAGCAGUAUCUUCCUCAACAGCAAAAGGUCUCAUUGUGUAUUGUGUUACUGCAGCACGAAAAGAGGGCAGAUAUCGAGAGCCACCUCCAACGCCUCCUGGGUAUGUUGGAAUUCCCAUUGCAGAUUUCCAGGAAGGCCAUCGACAUCCAGGCAUGAAGCCUCCGGACUAUAAUGUGGCACUACAAAGGUCACGGUUGGUGGGAAGACCAAGUGAUUCCCUUGGACCCUCAACUGUUCAAAGUGCAGCUCCACAUUCGAUCAGUCACUCGCAGGUCAGGCCUCUUAGCCGACCUCAGUGGCACAAGCCAAAUGAAUCUGACCCCAGACUAGCUCACCUGCAGUCUCAGGGUUUCCCAUCUGAAGAUGAAGAUGCAGAAGAUGAGCAAGUUUCUGCAGUCUGACCAGAGCGCACUUCCCACUUUUUUUGUUGCUUCACGAUGCUGCAAGCUACAUUUCGGACAGCACAACAGAUCAUCCAGAUGUAGGAGCCUUGAAACUCUUGAAUGAAAUUCCUGAUGCCACUUGCCUCCUUCCCUGCCUUAAAGCAGCAUGGGGCUUUUACCCCCCGCAUGUGGAAUACUGUGAAGAAAAUGUCCUGGCACUUUGGAACUGUGUCGCUUUAAAUGCACAGAGCUGAUUCUACAGACGACAACUGUUACAAUCCAUCAUGGACUACGCUCAAAAUUCAAGUUUGCCGUGUUCACCAUGAACUGCUUUUGGUGCAUUCUUUAAAUCAACCUAGAAUCUUUUAAAUCCCCGUGCUAGACUUUUCAUCAUUCUGGCAUACAACCAAUUAAAAGCAAAAAAAGUGAAGUCGUUUUUUCUAUUAAAAAAAACGCCAAAUCAUGUCAAUUCACUUAAUUAUGGAACAUGUUAUAUUGUACACCAUACCUAUAGGCACCAGGCUCUCAGUGAUUUUUCACCUUGCAUUGAUUUUUUGUUGGGUUAAAUACUGCUUUAGAGAGCAACAACUGUUACAUCUCCUUAAUUACAGUAUUAUUUUACACAUAACUUAUAUUUUUUGAUUUUAGAUUUAUAAAUUAGUAUUUUAAAUAAUCAAACUGGAUGACAUUGCAGUGGAUGGCAGCUCUGGAUCCCAGACUUUCGCUGGCUACUUCCCUUUGUUGAAAGUUAUGUCCUCUUACUUGACAAAGGGCCACCAAGGCUUCAAAAGAUAGAGCCUUAUUUUUUUUAUUACUUUAUUACAUGUUCCAGCCUUUGUAAUCUGCAGUAGGUACAAAGACAUUAACUGUUAACUAUUUCGUGCUACUAGGAAUAUCACUGCAUGUCUGUAAUGAAGGCUGAAACAUUCAAAGCAAACCGCACUCUGCUGCUACUUACACUUUCAGAUUACUAAAUUGGCAAUAGCAUUUCCAUUGCCAUUCAGCAGACUCCCAAUAGUGAAGGCUGCCUAUCUGAGUAGUCCUCAAAUGUGAGGAACUGCUCUUCUUGAUUAUUAUUUUUAAUUUGUUUCCAAUUGAGCUCAGCUGAUCAUAUUGAUCAGUAAAUAAACUUAGUUUCAACUGAAAAUUGCAGUGUAUUCACUGUAUUUAAAAACAUCAGUGCUUUAUUUAACUAUAUCGUAAAUAAUCAUUGUUCAUCCCCUCCUUUAUAUUUGCAGAUAUUUCAUGUUGUCUGUCAGUUAUGCAUUAGUAAUUUAACUGUAUUAUGCAUAAUUUGCCAGUUUCAGUAUACAGUAAAUGACAUUGUGUGCAUAUAGGCAGGCAAAAAAAAUCAGUUAUAUUGAAGAGUUGCACAAAUGAUAUAAGCCUAACUGUAAUCGUAGAACAUAGAACUGCUAAUCUCAUUUCAGCAAAUCUGUGAUGUUAUGUGCAAAAUGUAUGAUUAACUGGUGAUUUCCUCAUACUUUUGAUACUACUUGUACCUGUAUGUCUUUUAGAAAGACAAUUGGUGGAGUCUGUAUCCCUUUUGUAUUUUUAAUACAAUAAUUGUACAUAAUGGUUAUAUUUUUGUUGAAAAUGGUAGAAAUGUACUAUGUUUAUGCCUCUACAUCCAGUUUAUACAGAGCUGGAAAUAAAUAUAACUGAGAA